AUGAAACAUCAGAUUGAAUCUUCUAAUCGUAAUACUAAUAGUUAUAAUGAAAAGAAAGUAAUAAAUAUCGAUAUGAAUUUUAUUUUAUCUUGUUUAAUAAUCUUUAUAGCAAAUGCUGAAACUGUUUCUUUUGUCCUAGAUAGUGAAUCAUUUAAAAAUGGUUGGCAUAUUUAUUCAGAUAAUAGCAAUUGUAGUGUUAUACAAAAAAAUGGUAUGCUAUUUUUUAAGGAUAAUAUAACUACAGGAUUGAAAUUUGUUAAUGAAAACUCUGUAUCUACUAAGGAUUUUAAUACUCUUCAGUUUUAUUUCUUUUUUGAAGGAGAAAAUGAUACCAAUUUCACGGUUUCACUUUCAGAUGAUGUUGAUAAUAGAAGAAAAACUACUGGUUUGGUUGAAGUUAUAACCUUUACAGCUCAACCAAAUGUUACAAGCAAAAUUAUCCUUCCAAUUGACAUACAAAGAAUAAGGUUUAUGACAUUUAAAUUAGGAGAAGGUCAAACAUUAAGUAAUGAGAAUGUUAGAAUAAGAGAUUUAAAAUUCUCAGAUGAAGAAGUUUUUAUUGAGAAUGAUCCAGUUGAAAGAACAUCCUCAAACCAACUUGUCAUUUUUGAUCCAAUUGUCUGGCAGUGUGAAAAUGGAGUACCAAACAUUUUGAUAAUGUUUGGUGUUUUCUCAAUUUUUUUUAUGUUGAUAUAA